CAGAGAGGACUUGCCCUACAUCCCACGCCACACUUGCAGGACCGUGUCGCCUCUUGACGCGCCCUCAUCGCCGCCCCUUUGCCUGCUCGUAUCGUGUAUAUAUACCCUCGUCAGGGUGCACUGUGCGUAUUCCAGUGUUGUUGUGUGUGAUUGUUGCUCUUGUUUUUGGUGCGUCGAUCUGUUUCCAGUUUUUCCUCGUUCUCUUAAAGUUUUCCUCCCUCUGUUUUACUUCGUUUUCUUGUGGGAGUUUGCGAUUAGGGUUCCGCUCGUGCUUGCGACGCUCGUCACGUCUUCAGAUCCGGUGCAGAGGCAGUUCGUCACGUCGGGGUUCAUGUUGGACUUGUCGGAAACGGUUAUUCCGGCCUCUUUUGAUCCAUUUGCGGAAGCAGAUGUUGAGGAUAGUGGAGUAGGUUCGAAAGGAAGUGGAUAUGUGCAUGUUAGAGUGCAGCAAAGGAAUGGACGAAAGAGCUUAACAACCGUUCAGGGAUUGAAGAAGGAAUUCAACUACAACAAGAUUCUGAAGGACCUGAAAAAAGAGUUCUGUUGUAACGGUGUUGUUGUCCAAGACCCUGAAUUGGGUCAGGUCAUCCAGCUCCAGGGUGACCAGCGGAAGAAUGUCUCGAACUUUCUCGUUCAAGCAGGAAUUGUGAAGAAGGAUCUCAUCAAGAUUCACGGCUUCUAAGCUCGUGGCAUGGCUUCACCAGCAGUCGUUAUAGAACACUGAAUAAAUGCCUGAGAAGGCACCCCCGUGGUAGUAACGUAUUUAUUUUACCAUUUCAUGGUCGACCUUGAAAGGGAGGACAGAUGCGUGUUUAUUGUUGACACUGGCACAGUAGAUACUUGCGCACAAGAUCGUUCCUAACGGUAGAAGUUCUAGUUUUUCAGUUGCAGUGAAUCUGUUCUAUGUGUGGGGUUAGUGCCUCUUGUCGAGCUUAAUGGCGAUUAUACAUGGUAAUAAAUCAUAUAUUUGGUUA